CACUGACUUAUUAAAAACAUACUAAUAAUAGGUGAUGAAAGAACCUGCAUUUGCUUCCUUUCUUCCUUGACAAAAUGCUAAAUUUUCGAUGAUCGAAUGGCUUCCUUCCAUUAAGGUUUAUUAGCAAGAGUACAUCAGCAUUUGUCCAUGUAAUUAGCGAAAGCUUAGCCUUUCUAUACACAAAGCUUUGCUUCCGUUAAUUUCCCUUUCUUUCUUUUUCUAAACCAUUUUCAUUUAUUAUUGUACGAUAUUCUAUCUAGUAUUGGCAAAGGAGAGGGGAAAAAAAGAAGAAAAAAAAAGAAAGACAUAUCUAUAAGCUAAAUAAAAAAAUUUCUUUGCCCCUACAAAAAAAAUAAUCAAAUUCAAAAUAUUUUCUUCUAAUUGUUUGAUUACAUCAAAUCUUUAGUUUAUUGGCUAAUUUUCAAGUUGGCUAUAUUAUGUGGGCAAUGGACACGGAAGAUUAGGAAGAAAAAUAAAUUUUACCAAAAAAAAGUAACAUUUUUCCUAGGUUAUGAGCAUAAAAAUGAAGGGCCUAUUGAAGGGCCUCAGAUAUAUUUCCCAGAUAUUUGAGGAAGAGGAGGAUGACAAGGAGAUGCAAAUAGGUUUUCCCACGGAUGUAAAGCAUGUAGCUCAUAUUGGAUGGGAUGGUCCAUCUGUUAACUCACCAAGUUGGAUGAAUGAGUUCAAAGCCCAGGGAGCAGGAAAUCCAACAGAUCCAUUACAAAAUGGAGCUGAAGACGUCAACCCGCCGGUUUCACAAGAAUCAUCUCCCAAGAGAAGUUCUGUCAGAGAAUCUCCAGCGCGGGACAUGCCAGGUUUGCCAAAGUCAUCAAGACGGCAACCAUCAAUGGACAGCAUUGGGUCAACAGACUCACCGAUAGGGAGUCCUAAUCACAAGACCAGAUCCUCCAGGAGGCGCCAAAAACAAAAGGAAACCACUAGCCCCCGAGUUGGUGAAUCCUCCAGCGCUCAAAGCCUUCCUAACAUACCUAAGAAAUCUCGACGAAAGAAAUCCAAAGAUGUUGACAGCUCACUCAAGUCUAGUUUGAAGCCGAAAGAUAAAGGUUCCAGGCACGGAUCUAGGCAUGGAUCAGAUGAUGGGUCAUUGACCAAGCAGUACAAUGUCGAGGCAAAUUCUAGUGCGAGUUUGGCUUCGUUUAACGAAGAGGAGAUGAAGGCAUUGUAACCACGAAGUUUUGGGGAUGUUAGAGAGCCUGUUCUCCUUAAGCAAAGGCUGGUAGUAUACGUUUGCCCUAAUAGGUGAAUGAGAAAUACCAGCAGCUAGCUUCUUAGCGAAGAAUUUGGCUUCUUUUUGUUUACUUUGUUGGGUUUUUAUUGGUAGAGUUCUAAUUUAUCAGAAACCAAGAUAUUGGAAAACUAAGGGAAGAAAAGAAAAAACACUUUGUUUCAGAUUCCUGUAAAAUCCAUCAUUUCCAAUAUUGAUGGGUAGGAAGAAUAUACAGGAGAAAACAAGAAAAUCACAAGAUUCCUGUAAUUUUUGCAUGCAUAUAAAAGAUCCCAUACAAAUUAUGUGUAAAAAUUUAGGUUAUAGGGAGAUCAGAGCUAUAUGCAAAGAGUUUGCAAAUACACAGAUAAAAUGUACAUAAUACACUAUGUUGUCGAUAACACAAAACUAACAUUGCAAGUUAUUGUUCAUAGAAGUUGAAAAAUAUUGAUGAUAAGUUUCAUUAUCGACUAAAAGGGACAAAAGAAGAUACAAAAAAAAUUCCAAGAAAGGAGUGAAAGUAUGAGGCAACAACCAAAAUUUUUAAUUUUUUUUUUUUCUCAGUUAAUUAAUUUAUCAUUUUAAUUUAUGGAAUGCUCUCUUUGCCUGAAAUCUAGUCUAGCAAAAAGUAUGAAAAUUGAAAGAAUAUCUGCCUAAUUGGAAGUUGUCACACAUCUAGUUAGUCACUAGGUGAAGUAAGUGUGAAAUCUUUUAGCUCGACGAGCUAAAAUU